GACCACUGCCAAAUCAACAGCCCCACAUUCUUAGUGCCCCAAUUCAUUCAUCUCCUAUGAAUAUGCAACAACAUCCGAUGCAACCUCCUAACCAUGGCCCUCCACACCCACAUUCUCACACACCACCUCAUCAAUUUCAACCGCCUAUUCAAACCAGACAACCUCCUCCUCCUCCUCAACCAAUAGUUCAGCAACCCCCUCCUCAACCCAAACCUCAGAUGAAUGGAGAAGCAAAAGGAGCACCACGUCAACAAAGGGUUUAUCAAAAUCAGCAAUAUCCACCAGAAAUGAAACCAGAUAUACCAGGACCAUCUCAUCCACCAAGGCAUAGAGAUGAAACUAUAAAAGAUUUACAUCAAUUUGCACAAGAUUUUCAAUUGGCACCUUUACCAAAUGAACAGCCUCCGCCGCAAAUACAAGCCCCUCCUGUAGUGGAGCAAGUGGUUCAACCUAUACAACAAAUUUCACCACCUAACAAACCUUUACAGCAGCCAUCACCACCCCAACCCCAACAAUCAAUCAGCCCUAGACAAGAAAAUAUAGAAAAGGUCACAAACACUUUGAAAAAAUCCACUCUGAACCCAAACGCUAAGGAAUUUGUUUUGAAUCCUACAGCUAAGCCAUUUCAACCUAGGUCUCCAAGUACUCCAUCGGCAAGCCGGCCACAUACUCCACAAACGCCUAGCCAUAGCCCAUAUAUCCCUGCUACUGUUGGUGGUCCAGCAGUUCAGCCUCCAAUGGCUCCACUCAUGAUGCCGGUCCAUUAUGUUAUGACCAGUCAACCACAAUAUCAACCUCCACAAGGCAAUAAAAUACGUCGCUUACCGAUGAGAACAGACAUGGCACAGCAAAUGCAGGUAGCAGCUGCUACUGGUCAGCCGCUACUAGCUCCAGCUCCAAUCCAACAGUUCAUGUAUCCACCAGCAAUGAAUCAGGCUUACCAACCAAUGCACAUGACACUCAGAACUUAUGAGCCUUCUCCACAAAUUCAGUAUAUGCCUCCCAAUCCACAUCCAUCACAGACACCAUCUCCGGCUCAGCCUCCACAAUAUAAUCCAGCUCAAGGCCCUCAAGCGCCACCUCAGCAGUGUCAAGCAGCACCACCACCACCGCAGAGUCAUCAUCAAUUUCCAUUAAUGUAUCCGAUCAUACCAGCACAGCCACAUAUGAUGCAAAGCAUGCAAUAUUUGCAGCAAGCCCCUCCGCCUCCUCAACCACCUAUGCAAGUAUUGAUGCAUCAACAUCACGGACAAGGAAACCCACAUGGACCUAAUCCUUAGCGCUAGCGGUGGUUGUUGUCGUAGGUAAAUUUCAAAAUAUUAGUAUAGGCGCUAUCUCGGUGCAUGUAUGUUUUGUCUUCGUCCUAAAUUUGUUUAUUUAAUAUCUUAAGGUACUGAUCAAUUGCAUUGUUAUUGGCAUAAAAAAAGGGGGAUGAAACGACUGUCUCAAACGUUGUAAGGAGACUAUACAUUUAUUGGUACAAAGAAAACUGCAGAGGGUAGGUUAAUAGAAAACAAAAGAGAAAAUAAAAUGACUGAACUAAAAUUUUUUAUCUAUUUUAGCGAUUGAAGUAUUAUUAAUGAACCACUUUCGCAAAACUUUGUCGCAUUGUUAUGAAAUGAGUUGAGGUACUCCAAAAACAUUGUGAUGAAAAGAAAAAAAAAGUAAAAAAAGGUAUCCUUGCACGUUUGGGACAAAAUAAACGAUAACAAGAGAGAAGAUUGGCAGCACACACUAGUCAAGUAUAAUAAAGGAAUAUGGCAUAAAACAAAAAUUAUCAUAUAAGAUAAAAUAAAAGGUUCGAGCAAUACCUAGAAACACGAAUGUUUUGUUAUAUAAUUUAUACGAAUAUUAAUGGUGGCGAGUAUAAAUAGUUAAUGGAACCACAUUUAUUUAUUGCUACCAAGUAAUGGCAGCAUUCGAAAUCAUAUAUAAAUUAAAUCAAAAAUAACUAAAAAGCAAACUUGAUUAUUAAAAAGGAAUAUAUUAAUCAUACAUCAAGAAUAACAAAUUGAAAUUAAGGAGAAAUUCUUUGACAUAUUUUACUUACUGAAAACAAAUGAAAUACUUUACAAGUUACGAAUAUACGGGAGAUGUUCAGAAAUUUGAUUUGUGAAAUAAAAAAGACAGUACUGCUACAGUAAAAAAAAUCACUGUGCACAAAACUCUGCAUUUGUCGACGUAGCUCCUGUGCUUUUCUAGGCAUAUUUUUGUAAAUCUUCUUCGUAAAAUGGCUGUGCAUUGAAACAUGUUCAUUGUUGUACCUCGAAGGAGGUUGAUCAAAUAAACCAAUCUGAAGCCUUGUAGGAGUCAUUUUGUCAAUUUGUAGUGUCUGGUCGGGUAUUGUUGUGAAUGAACAAACUACGCAUUGUGUGAGUUUUCCCUACUUUCUUUACUAAUACACCUUGUAUACAUCUCUUCUGAUUGGAAGUUUAAGCAAGCCUACAAUACUAUGAAUUUUGAGGAAGUAUACCAAAAAUUCUGCAGAGGUGAUGUUUUUCAGUACCGCAAAUUACUUUCUCUAUCUUUUAAUUCUCCCAUGAAUGAUUAUUAUACUGUAUAUUUGUUAUACUUCAAUAAAUUAGUGUAAAUUGUAUUUUAAAGCAAAACUCCCUUGUUUAUAUCAUACAAUAAAAUUUGGAUUUAUUGUAUGAAGAGAUCAGUGUCUAUGGGAAAUAAGAUAUUAAGUGAAUAAUUUUAGGGCACAGUCACACAUACACCUAGUCGGGGCGUCUAAACUAAAUCUACAUUAUCAAAUUUUUAAAUUCUGGUGGGUUAAAAUCAUGAUAAUGUUAAAAGUUGGCGUUGUUAUUAUAAAAUUAACACCAAAAUUACUAGGCAGGAAAUUUGAAACAUGUUUCUAUAUUUCUGUAAUGUACACUUUUGAAAUCUGAUAUAUAUUAUUAACAAUGUCGAUAA